GCGAGCGAGGGAGGGAGAGGCCGCAGUGAUGGAGGACCCGCUCCUCUCGGCGGCGGCGGCGGCGCCCCCUCCGUCGCCCUCCUCGUCCUCGCCGUCGCCCUCCUCGUCCCCCAUCAACCCCAACAACUUCCCGGCCAAGCUAUGGCGCCUGGUGAACAGCCCGCGGUUCCGCUCCAUCCGCUGGGACGCCCGCGGAGAAGGCCUGCUCAUCGACCAGCCGCUCUUCGAGGCAGAGCUCCUCGGAGGGGGCGGAGGGGGCAACAACGGCAGCGGGGACGGAGCUCCUUCUGCGGCUCCUCCUCCCCCGGCUCCCCCCGCGGCCUCCUCCCCGGAGCUCUUCAAGACCACCAAUUUCACCAGCUUCAUCCGGCAGCUCAAUUUGUACGGCUUCCGGAAGGUGGUGCUGGGCCCGCCCGCAGGAGGAGGAGGCGGAGGCGGAGCAGGAGGAGGAGGAGCGGGCGCGCCUCACAGCAACGCCUCCGCGGCCUGCUCGCCCUCCGGAGCCUCGGCCUCGCCUGGCGGGGGCCCCCUGCACCACUUCCACAGCCCGCACUUCCGCCGCGACAGGCCCGACCUGCUGGUCCACCUCAAGCGCCUCACCAGCGCCAACAAGGCCAAGCUGGCCGCCGGGCUGGAAGUCACCAGCAGGCCGCCCAACCGCUUCCAGCGCCUCCUCAGCACCUCCCUCCAGCAGCACCACCAGCACCACCACCAGCAGCAGCAACAGCCACCACUACAGCAGCCCGGCGGGGAAGGCCUCCUCGCCCCCCAGCAGCACGGAGGAGGAGGAGGAGGAGCAGGGAACCACAGCCCCGCAGGCCAGGCCGGAAAGGGAGGAGAAGGAGGCGGAGGAGGCGCCAAGGCCGUGCCGCUGACUCUAGGCCAGUUCCACCGCUCCUUCCGCCGAGACAGCCUCUCUCCGUACUCCUACCUCUCACCCUCGCCUCACAGUCCCAGUGGCUACUCACUGAAAGGCAACGACCGGAGCCCGCUUCCUCCGCGGACAUGGCCAGGCUCGCUGGGGAUGCUCCCGGGGCAGGUGGACGCCUCGGCCUUCCCGGACAAGGCCGUCCCCUUCUCCGUCCUCCAGCGCUUCCCCACUGAGGUUACCUACACCCUGCAGCCCAGCGCAACCUCUGUCCACAUCCAGCAAGGGACCCAGGCCAUGGCUGCCGCCGCCUCUGCUGCCCAGAAGUACACCAGCUUUGCCGCCUCUGUGCCGUACUCCCAGGCGUACUACCCAGCAGCCGUACUGCAGUGUUGCUCUCCGUCGACCCACAUGGAUCCACUGAGUGGGUGUGGAAGCCCGACGCCUUCGACCUACACCCACUGCAGCUAUUUUCAGAAUCCCUCCUUGCAGUCUUCAUACCCCGUGGAGUUCCUGCCUUCCAACUGGUCCUGCAACGCCUCCGACGAAGCCAAGAAGACCGAGGUCAACCUGGAGGCCGUCUUCCAAAUCGUGGACGAGAUGCACUCCUCCCCGAAGCUGGAGAUGGUCAAAGUGGAGCCUGUGGAGGGCCAAGGUCCGUCCGUGCCUCCGUGCCGCGGGCAGCCCUUGCUGGUGAGCGCCACCGGGGCCGGGAGCGAGGCCCCUUCCUCCGCCUCCUCUGCCUCCUCCUCCUCAGGCCAGGCCAGCCACCUGGAGCCCCUGACCCCCGUGGGUUCCGACAUCACCUCCUUUGUGGUGGAGACCGACCACGCCAUCGCCUGCUCCCUGCCCCAGUCGCCCCAGUUCAUCUACACCAUCCACACUGCCGAGUCGGUGGAGAAUGCAGCCGCACAGAUGGUCCAGCAGCCGGGAUCCAUGGUCCAAGUGCCAGUGAAGCUCAAGGAUCCACUCAGCCAGCCUCCCACUCAGGCUGCUGUCGUCUUUGUCCAGGAGGAGCUCACCUUCAGCCAGGAGGAUCCCAGCAUCAAGUGUCAGGCCAGCCCCCCCGAGACGGUGGUGGCUUCGGAGCAAAUCGGUUUCCUCAUUGCGGAGGUGGAUCCGCUGGGCAAGUGUGCCAAAGACGCCGCUCCAUCCAUUCAAAACAAAUGCCGGGAAAGAAGGAGCAGCUCCCAGAAGGGCAAAUCCCCUGAUCUUCACCUUCUCGUGGACGUGGCUUGCAAGCAAGAGCAUUUCCCAAAGGAGGAAGAGCUGCGGGAGUGAGGAGAACCUGUGCAAGUGCCAUUUGGGCCUCUUGCCCCAGGAGGACUUGGGGGUCCUUUCCGUUGUGCCUUACUUAGCUUUCUCCUUCUCGUCUCAAUUCCGUUUCACGUGUAAAUAGGCUCACCCUUGUUUCGCCUCUUCCUUUUGCGUAGCUCCUAAGUUCUUUUACCGAUCAGUUUGUCCGGAUGUUAUAAUUUAUUUGCCCAAAGUUCUUAAUGGCAGACCACCUGGGCUCUUGGAUGGAUUUUUCAUGGUCCCAGAUUCAGAAUGGUCCUUAUUUUGCACACUCUGGGGACUUUACAAAGGAGGAAGGAUUUCAACAAAAGCAAAGCUAGCUGCUAUCCCAAGAUUCUCCCCAAAUUUACAUAGGAAGUUUAAUU